UACCCGGCUGAGCUAUUUCGCCGUAUACGGUAUUGGACAGUUAAAAUAAAUAAAUACUGAUAUUUACUUUUCAAGUAAUGUACAACCAAUAUGAAUGGACGCGUCCUCGCGUUUGCGCGGGAAUCACGUUAUCAUUGGGGAUUAGUAUGUGCAUGCGCUGUCUAUUUUCAUGUCUAUAACCAUGCACUCGUAUAUACCUACAUAGUCAAAUCGUAACCUUAAUUUUAGGUGUAACAAGUGUUAAACUUUUAUGAUGAAUAUACCAUGUGAUCAUAGUGCAAUAAGGAAAAAGGAAGUAAAUUGAUAUUGCCAACAAUAAGGCUUAAAUACAUAGUUACAUAGUUUACGUAGUUACACUAAUCGUGUACAUUAUAGAAGUGUAAAAUCAACGAUGAGACAGUAAAAAAGGGUUACUAAGAGAGACGAUUUGUUAUGAGCAAUGGGCGUCACUUAAAAUACAAAGUCUGAAUUAGUUCGAUGACAAAGAUUGUUAUUUCUGCUUAUUAAGUCAAUUACCUGACUCGCAAUGGCAUGCAAAAAAGGCCAAACAGGUAACGAUGGAUUUGAAAAGAUCGAUUCAGCACUUAGUGCUCUUGUGGAGUAUAUAAAGAAACAGCCGACGACAAAAGGAAUAAAUGUACUGUCAUUGAAAGUAAAGAAUGAGAUCCAAAAGGAAAGAGAGCGUGCCGAGAAUCGCAAGUUAGAAAUAAAACAAUUACAAGAAGAUAAAAGGAAAUAUGAGGAACAGAUUGAAAACUACACAAAAUUAUACUCUAAAGGCCGACAUGAUAUGGAAGGAGCAUUAAAGCAUGUUACUAAUGACAUUGAAUUGGUUAAGGCUAUUAAGUAUGCAGUGCAACAAGUUAUAACAGACUAUGCUCAGCUAAGGCAGUAUAUCGAAAAGCAGACAAUAAGGAAUGCGGACCGGAUGAAAACUUCAGAGGAAGACAUUGACGAAGCUAUAACAUUAAAAAAGAUAAAGACUGAAAUGGGUAUAACAAGUAGACCUUUGGUAAAGAAAGUUAAGGAAACAAAUAGGCAGAUAUCUGUGCAUAAAGAUCGGUACCAACAAGCUUUGAAUCAUAUACAAGAUAAAGAGGAGGAAUCUGAAGCCAAAAUAUUUUCACUGAAUAUUAAAAUUCAACAUUUGGAAAAACAGAAAGAUUAUCGUGAUCGGCAAAUAGAACAUCUUCAAGAAAAGUUGCAGGGUUGUGAAAUAAAUCUUGAACGUCGUGAUCUGAAAAUUAAAGAUUUAGAGGAAAGGAUAGACAUUAUCAGAACGGAAAUGACCAGUGAAAAAGAGCUUCUUAUAAAGAAAAUGGAAAAACAAGAGAAGCAAUUAUCAAAGCAGAGGGAUAAGCUGCAGCAAGCCUCAAUUCAAUUAUAUGAGACCAAUCAAAGCCGAAUUAUAAACUUACUAAAGAAAGACAACCAGGAGAAAGAUCACCACAUUUCUGAGCUGAGUGAGCAACUUAAGCAAACUAUGAAAGUAGAGGAUGACAAAAACGUUCAAAUGUUGAACAAAAAUGUGGUCGAAUUAGGUCAAUUGAAUGAAAGAAAUGAGAUUUUAAAACAAAAAAUGAAAGAAAAGGAUAGUCAGUUAUAUAAACAGCAUGAUCAACUUAACCGCACUUCGGAAAGACUGCGAAAAACAAAGGCUAUGGCGGAUGAAAACAAACCGUCACUAGAAAUAGAAAUUCAAAGUCUUGAAAGAAGUAUUGAACGCCGCGAUCUGCAGGUUAAGGACCUUGAGGAAAAGUUAGACAGAAUGAGGACUGAAUUGAGGUGUGGAAAGGAACGUCUUGAACAGAAACUGUUUGCAAAAGACAAACAGUUAUCUGCAAUUAAUGCCCAGUUGGAAGAAGCUUUGAAUCAAUUACAGGAAACAAAAAGCGACCAAGGUAGAAUCCUCACCUCACUAAAGAAUGAAAAUGUGUGUCUUUUGGCACAGGUGGAGUUAAAAGAUUUGAAAAUAAAUAAUCUAAAGGAAAUUUUGGAAAGUACAAUUACUGAAACAAAGAAGGAACGACUAGCAUAUGAAACUGCACAGGUGAAAGAUAACCAGAUAUCUAAACUAAGAUAUCAACAGCAACACACUUUGAAAACAUUGCAGAAUAGAGAGGCAGAAUUGAAUGAGACUAUCAAGUCGCUGGAGAGAAAACUUAACAGUCUUAAAUCAGAGCUGGAGCUCCGAGAUCAGAAAAUUAAACAAUACGAGGAAAUAUCAAAAGAUACAAAUAUCAAAAUGACACGAAUUAGUGAUAGAACUGAAUUUCUAGAAAUCAAAUUGAAGGAAAAAUAUGAGCAUACUGAUCAACGGGAUCGCACUUUGGAAAGACUGCAAAAAUCGAAAACUGAAUUAGUAGGAACUAUCGCUGACUUAAAGAAGAAAAAUCUAGACCUUGAGGCACAUAUUGAGGAUAGUGAUCUGAAAGUAAAGGAUCUUGAGAAAAGGUUUAACAGUAUGAGGACUGAACUAAAAGGUGAAAAUAAGCUUCUUGAAAAUAAAUUGGAGGAAAAAGAUAGGGAUCAAAAAGAACAGCUACAACAAGCUAACAAUCAGUUAUAUAAAAGAGAGGUCGAAUUAAAUGGCAUUAUAACCUCACUUAAAAAACAAAAUCAGGAAAAGGAAUAUCAGAAAUCUAAACUGGAAGAUCAGCUGAAACAAACUUUGAAAAAGUUGGAUGACAAAGAGGUUGAUAUGACAGAUACUGAUACUUCACUGAACAGGAAACUCAAGUAUCUUGAGGCAGAGGUGGAUCGCCGUGAGCGAAAUGUAAGACAUCUAGAGGAACUGUUAAACGAUAGGAAGAUUGAAGUGACUAAAGUGACUGAAAGAAAUGAACUUCUAGAACAAAAGUUGAAGGAAAUGGAUGAACGGAACGAACAGCUGCGAAAGAAGACCCAACAUUUUCAGAGAGAGGUUGAAGACCGUGAUCUUAAAGUGAACGAUCUAGAGAAAAUGUUACACAGCAAACAGGUUGAAAAUAGGGAAUAUGAACAAGAAAAAGAUGUAAGGGAAAAAGAUGAGAAGACGUCCGAGCUGAAAGAACUGUUGCAACAGACUUUGCGAAAAUUACACGAUACAGAGAUUGAACUAGAUGAAACUAAAACAAGGCUCAGUAAAGCUAUGGGAGACAGACUGACCGAUAAUAACCCUAACAUUACCGACCUAAGCGACAGAAAUCGCCCUACAAAACUCGCCGAAAGAUGUGCUGAGUUGUAUGACAAUCAAUGGACUGAUGCGUUUGACAUUCUCGACAAAUGCUUCGAUACAGAGGAAAAUGUUAUAGAAGCUCUCCUAUGGAUACUGCAGGAUGCCAUGACUUUCUGCGAAACAAAGGCGCACAGACAGAUGGAGGAGUUAGGACGUGAACUAAUAUUUGCUGACAAACGUGAGAGUGAAAAUAUAUCAGCCGAUGUGCGUAAACUCUUGAAAGAUUGCAGGAAGACAGUGGCACCUGUUGCCGUAGGAAACAUAUAUAAGAUGUAUAUGUUUCAUCUAAGAAAUUCCACCGAUAAAACAUUAAGAACAGCUGUAGAAAUCAGCUCAUAUACAUCAGAAUGUCUAGAAAUCUGCUGGUUUAUGAUGAUCCAAGAUCCACCUGUUGCGUUUGCCCCGUUGCUCAGGAAGGGUUCGAGCUUUAACACCGACCUGUACAAACCCUAUACAAGUAGUGGCACCCACAUCGACUAUGUAGUAUGGCCUGCUUUGCUAUUACACGAGGGUGGUCCAAUUCUGGCGAAGGGCGUAGCUCAAGGCCACGGUAAAAAAUCUAAAAAGAGGUCUAAACAUCUACUUCUGUAUGACUGGAUGACAAUGGCGUACAUACAAGACGAAGAUGGAUUAGAAAUGCUUGGCACAUCAGUUUCGGUAGCUGCACUUCUGACUUAUUUAAAGAAGCACCCCACGAAAUGCUUCAGAGAUAGUUAUGUAGAUGUAUUGUCUUCUAAAGUAAGGGAAGAGAUCUUAAAGGAUAAAUCACAUGUAAGAUAUUUAGAAGAUGAAAAUGAGUCAAUGCAUAAUUGUCUGGAACAGAUGGACAACGACCGGGAAUGUUAUCUCAAGGAAAAACAUGAUUUGAUAGAAGAAUUAGAGACAUGCAGAGGUUUCAAAGAGAUAGCAUUGAAUGUUGUAAGAUUAUAUAACAAAUUGAAAGAAUACUUUGAUCAAGAAACAAUCAGAAAUGCGUGCCUUAUCAGCCAAAUGAAAACGGCUAAAGAAAACUUGACGUCACAAGAAAGGAAGAUCCAGUCUCUUUUGGAAAUGAUAGAAAUGGGUGAUGAGAAAAUAAAACAGCUGGAGAUGGAAAAAAUCAAAAUAAGUGACAAAAAUGAACAGGCAAUUUUGAAGAUAAAAGAAGAUCAGAGAAAAUUACAUGAAAUGAGAUGUCUAUUGGAACUAAAAGAAAUGCAAAAAGAAAGAGAGGGGCUGCACCAUAGUUUGACAAAAUCACAUGAAACAGAGAAGAAAAUAGAUGAAAUUUGUAGUUCACUUAGGAACCAAGUUCUGCAUCUGGAGCAAGAAUUAGGUCACCGUAAUCUGAGAGUCAAAGAGUUGGGGGAUUCGCUAGAGAAGAAUAAACAAUUAGCAGACAGAUUAAAGACGGAAAAGGAUGAUCAGAUAUCAGACUUGAGGGAUCGUCUGCAACGGACAUUGAAAAAGUUGCAUGACAAAGAGGCUGAAAUGAGAUAUCCUGACACUUCAUUGAAGAAGAAAAUAAAGUUUGAGAUAGAACGCUAUGAUCGAAAUGAUCGACAUCAAGAAGAAAUGUUAGGCAAUGAAAACACAGAAUAUGCUCAAAUGCGCGAUAGAAUUAUAUUUCUUGAAAACAAAGUGAAGGAGAAAGAUGAGCAUUUGCGGACACAGGAUGAUAAUCUUAAAAAGCAACAUGAAAGAGAAACGGGUCUGGAUGGUAUUAUAACAUCCCUUAAGAAGAUAAAUCGUAGCCACGAGACAGAUAUUCAACGUCGUAAUCUUCAGGUCAAAGAUCUUGAGGAACAGUUAGACAGUUUAAGGACUGAAAUAAAUAGUGAAAAUAAACGUUUUACGCAAAAACUGCAAGAAAAAGAUAAGCAAUUAUCUGAACUGAAAAAUCAGCUGCAACAAUCGUUGAAUAGAAAUUUUGAAAAAGAAGCAGAACAGAAUAGAAUAAUCAACUCAAUAAAAAAUGAAAACCAGUCUCUUGUUGAACAGUUAGAGAGCAGUGGUCUAAAAGAACACAAUUUGCAGACAACAUUAGAUUGUGGAAAACAUGAAGAAUGUGAUAUAAAUAAACGAUUUGCGAACAAAGUGGCACAUGAAAAAGAUGAUCAGUUGAUUAAAUUGAGUUACCAGCUACAAAAUACCUUAAAAGUCAAAGAUGCUGAAUGGAAUGGAAUGGUUUCAUCUUUGAACACAAAACUCGAGAAUCUUGAGUCAGAGAUGGAACAUCUUAAGCAAAAUGUGAGACGUCUAGAAGAAAUGUUAAACAGUACAAAGAUCAAACUGCGUCAUGCGAAUGACAGAAAUGAAUUUUUAGAAGCUGAAAUGAAGGGAAAAGAUGGUCAGUUAAGUGAACGGAGUGAUCAACUGGAUCGCACUUUAAAAAAGUUGCAAGACACGGAGACUGAAUUGGAUGGAAUUAUAAUGGCACUAAAAAAGAAUAAACUGGACCUUGAGACAAAAGUUCAACAUAGUGAUCUGAAAGUAAAAGAUCUAGAGAAGCAGAUGAAUACCUUGAAAACUGAAAUAACCAAUGAAACAGAACUUCUUACAAAGAAAGCAGAGGAAAAGUAUAGCAAAUUAUCCGAUCAGUUGGAACAAGGUAGGAAUCAACUGCAAAAUAAAGAGGCCGAAUUGGGAGGAAUUAUUACUUCACUUCAGAAGAAAAAUGAGUAUCUUGAGGCAGAGAUAAAGCGCUUAAAUCUAGAACUGACCAGUGCAGAAAAAAUAGUGAAUAAUAAAAGUGCAGAAAUAAGAAAUGAAUGUGAGCGAAUUGCAGCUAGAAUAACUAAAGAAAAAGAUACUCAAAUAACUGAUCUGAAAUAUGAGUUGCAACAAACUUUGAAAAGGUUUGAAUGUAAAGAGUCUGAAAUAGAAACAAUUGACACUUCGCUGAAGAAGAAAGUUAAGAAUCUAGAGUCAGAGGUAGAACAGCAGACGCGAAAUAAUAGACAUCUAGAGGAUGUGGUGAACAGUAAAGAGGUAGAAAUAAGUCGACUGAGGGAUAGAAAUGAACUUUUAGAAAACAUACUGCAGGAAAAGGAUAACCAGUUAAGUGACCAGGAUGAUAAAGUGAACCAUAGUUUGAAAAGGCUGCAAGAAAAAGAUACCGAACUGGAAGGAAUUUUUUCUGCACUGAAGGAAAGGAAUCAAGGUUUCGAGACAGAUAUUGAGCGCCGUGAUUUGAAAGUAAAAGAUCUAGAAAAAAAUUUACACAGUAUAAAAGUAGAGAUUUCUAGUGAACGUGAUAGUCAUGAAAGAGAGAUGAUGGAAAAAUAUAAACAAAUGGCUAUACUGAGGGAACAGCUGCAACAAGCAUUAAAUCAAGUUAAAGAAAAGGAAACUGAAUCGAAUGACAUAAACAACCUACUAAAGAAGCAGAGCAUGGAGAAAGAUGCUCAGAUAUCUCACUUGAAAGAUCAGCAGCAACAAACUUUGAAAAGGAUGGAAGACAAAGAGGCUCAGUUUGGAGAAAUUCAACUUUCACUAAAGAAGAAACUUAAUGAACUUGAGGGAGAAGUAGAGCACAGAGACCAGAAGAUUAGACAUCAAACGGAUAUGCUGAAUAGUAAAAAGGAUGAAAUGAGACAUAUAAUUGACACAAACGCAUUGCUAGAAAGCAAAGUUACAGAAAAAGAUAACAAGUUACUUGAACAGAGUGAUCAGCUGAAUCGCACUUCGAAAAAGCUGCGAGAAACAGAGGCUGAACUAGGUGGGAUAAUAUCUUCACUGAAGAAGAAAAGUAUUGAUCUUGAGACAGGUGUUAAGCAGCGUGAUCUUAAAAUUACUGAUCUGAAGGAACAGCUGGAAAAAUUAAAGACUGAACAAAUAGGUAGAAAUGAACUUCUUUUAAAGGAAUUGAAGGCCAAAGAUAAACAGUUGUCUGAACAGGUGAAUCAGUUGCAACAAGCUUUGGAUCAAUUGUAUAAAAAGGAGGCUAAAUUGAAUGGCAUUAUCACCUCGCUGAACAAACAGAAUAAGGAAAAAGAUAAUCAGAUAUCUGAACUAACUGAUCAGAAGCAACAUAUUUUGAAGCAGUUGAAUGAAAACAAAGCUGAACAGGAAAGAAUUGAUACUUCUUGGAAGAAGAAAUUUAAAUAUCUUGAAACAGAGGCGGAACUCUGUGAGCGAAAUCUUAAACAUCUAGAGGAAGUAUUAAACAGUAAAGAGAUUGAAUUAGCUGAAAUAAAUAAUCGAAAUGACCUCCUAGAAAACACCGUGAAGGAAAAAGAUCACCAAUUACGUGAACAGAGAGAACAGCUGCAACAGAAAUGUCAGCAACUACAGAGAGAGGUAGAACACCGUGAUUGUGAAAUUUUACAUAGUCAAAGUAAUAAAAAGAGGGAAAGUGGAGAAAGGAGAGAUGUAAGAGACAAAGAGAAAGUAGUCGAAUUGAAUAAUCAGUUGCAAAUUACUUUAAAAAAAUUGCAAGAUACAGAGAUUGAACUUGACGAAACUAAAACAAGGCUCAGUAAAGCUAUGGGAGACAGACUGACUGAUAACAACCCUAACAUUACCGACCUAAGCGACAGGAAUCGCCCAACAAAACUUGCCGAAAGAUGUGCUGAGUUGUAUGAUAAUCAAUGGACUGAUGCGUUUGACAUUCUCGGCAAAUACUUCGAUACGGAGGAGCAUGUUAUAAGAGCCCUCCUACAAAUUUUGCAGGAUUCCAUGACGUUCUGUGUAACAAAGGCACGUGAACAAAUGGAGAAAUUAGGACGUGAACUGAAAUUUGCAGAUCAACAUGGAAAUGGAGAUGUGUCAGCUGAUGUGCGUAAACUCUUUAAAGAUUGCAGGAGGGCGGUUGCAUCUGUUGCCGUUGGAAACCUAUAUACGAUGUAUGUGUCACAUCUUAGGCGAUCAGCCGAUAAAACAUUAAGAACAGCUUUAGAAGUCAGCUUAUAUACAUCAGAAUGUCUUGAAAUCUGCUGGUUUAUGGUGAUCCAAGACCCGCCUGUUGCGUUUGCGCCUUUGCUCAGGAAAGGUUCAGGCUUUAACACCGAACUGUACAAACCCUACACAAGCAGCGGCACACACGUUGACUAUACGGUCUGGCCUCCUCUGCUUUUACACGAAGGUGGUCCAAUUCUGGCGAAAGGUGUAGCUCAGGGAUAUGGCAAGAAAUCGGAAAGGAGUACAUAAUGAAAUAAUAAUGUUACAACAAAUGAUAAAGAAUAGUUUAACAACGAAACUGCGCAAAACAACUGAGACAAGAAAAGACCAAAAUGUUAUACAGAUGAGAUUACCCUCGGUAACUCUAUCGAUAUAUAUCAUGUUUAAUUUAUGACGUUAGAAUUGAUAGUAUAUGGGUAUUUUCUGUGAUAUCUAUAUUUUAUUAUACCUCACUUUUGUCUACAAUGAUAAAAUCCCAUUACCCAUAAAAGAGAUAUUAUGACUAUCAAACACAUUUUCAAACUUUUUGCCACGUGACCGAGCGAAAGUGACUGUCAGGUCAUGUGACCGCGCUGAUAUUUUGAAUGUCAUAUAAGGGCAAAUAACUGCUUCAAUGUUUUCAGCCAAAUCAUGAAAUGAUUGCCUCCCUUGUACACAUAUAGUAGUGACGUCACUGUUUAAUGUGUAAACAGACGAUUCAGACAAAAGUUAAAACUGUUGAAUAAAAUGAAUUAAAAACUUUUUUUUUAAACUUUUUUAUGUACUUAAUUUUGUUCGGUAUAAUAAAAUAAAUAUCAUAUGGCAGCGUGUGUGACAUUGAUAUUGUCAACCCUCGAAACAGAAUGUCACCACUCGGCUUUCGCCUCGGGUGACAUUCUGCCCUCGGGUUGACAAUAUCAAUGUCACACACGUUGCCAUAUGAUAUUUAUAUACUAUCAUUUAGGUCAUAAUCUCAAUAUAAUGUGUGUACAUGACUCAAAAUUAUAAACUAUAAAUCACUAAUAUCUAAGUGUUCAAGAUUUAUUGUGUGAUAUUCCUUUCGUUUACAUUUGACAUAGAUGUAUUGUAAUUAUGUAUACUCUUUCACUUUUUUUUGUAAAUUCAUCAAAUUGCAUACUUUAUUGUUAAAAUCAUCUAAUAUUCCAGUCAAACGUUUCACUCUAGUUUUAGACAUAAUUUACCGUACCACAACUAAUUCAGUUGCCCUGAAACUUCAAAAGCACAAGUUAAAUGCUUUUGUUCUGAUCACGGUGCAUUUAUUUAAUAGUUAUUAUAGAUCCAAAUCGUAACUUAUUUCAUGUACAGGGAGAUAAUUUGAAAAUAUGAUAAGUUUGGUUUGAUUUUCAAUAUUCUACUAAUGCUAGGUAUUUUCUUAACACUAAUUGUGGAUCUUAUUUCUUGGAUGUGACUAUAGUAUCAAUAGUCUGUUACACUGAUCUGUCUUAGUAAAUAUGUAGUAUCAACGCGUGGAAGAGUCUAUAGUAUCAAAGCACUGUUUACAAAUUCAAGAUGUCAGUCAGAAAGGUCAUUAACACAUAAUAGCGGUUUCCUGGAAUAUAGAAUAGUACACAUAUUUUUAUCAAACUAUAUAACACCGUAUCAUUCGAUUAGUGAUACUGAAAAUGUAUCUAUAGACCUAAUCGUAGUUUCAUUUUACAAUUUGUAAAGUAAAGUUGUACGUGUAAACAGUUUUUAUAAAAAAUUUAAGGACAUUAAUUGUUUAUAUGCGCUAUUUUCAAUAAACAGAUAUAUGUA